AUGUCUCGAACUUGGCUUAGCCCUGGCGUGGCCUACUUAGCGCGGGGCUUGCUUUCCGUCGUGGUUCCGGCCGCAUCCUCCGUCAUUAUCGUAGUUCGCCUGGCCUCUCUAAAAGGCGUUCGAGUUUCUCCCUGGCUCAUAUCUGCAGUGGUUUUGGGUGCAGCGCCUCUCGGGUUUGCAGCUUACGUUCUUGCGGAUGGGAUAUCGCAAAAACGAAAGGCUUACCGACUCGGUGCCAGACUUGUUCCUCGUAUCCAUGGAAAAUUACCCGGAAAUCUGGAUAAGGUAGUGAACAUGGUCCUGAGGAACGAGAAUGAAUACCUAGGACGACCUAUAGAGGAUGAGAUAAAGACAAUUCUCGCAACUGACUUCGAUAACUAUGUUAAAGGUGCCAAAUUCAGAGAAGCAGUUGAUUCUGUCCUUGGAACGGGCGUAUUCAAUUCAGAUGGUGAAAUCUGGAAGCUUCACCGAACCAUGACACGGCCUUUCUUCACUCAUGAUCGGAUAAGUCACUUUGAGAUCUUUGACCGUCAUGCGGAUCAUGCUAUCGCUUUGGCGAAGAAACGUUUCAGAACGGGCUUGGCAAUUGACUUCCAAGAUCUCAUAUCCAGGUUUACACUUGACUCUGCAUCGGAGUUCCUAUUUGGACACUGUAUCGAUUCACUUUCCGCUGGACUCCCUUAUCCCCAUAACGCGACAGAAUCCACAGAUGCUAUUCAAGGAGACAACGCUGCUGCAGCCUUCGCAUAUGCUUUCUCUCAAGCUCAACAGGCAAUAAAUCGGCGUGUUUCUAUCGGGCAGACCUGGCCACUGGUUGAGAUUCUCGCCGACGGCACCGCGCAGCAUAUGAAAGUCGUAAACGCGUUUUUAGAUCCGAUCCUCAAAGACGCUCUGGAGAAGCGUAGCACCACUGUCGAAUUUGACAAAAAGGAGUUCGCAGACGACCAAACCCUUGUAGACCAUCUCGUAAAUCUGACGUCAGACUUCAAAAUUAUUAAAGAUGAGACAUUAAAUAUAUUACUGGCCGGAAGAGAUACGACGGCCUCAACAUUAACAUCAGUUGUUUAUUUGUUGGCAAUGCAUCCAGAGUUCCUCACUCGGCUCAGGGAAGAAAUUAUAUCGAAGGUUGGGCUAACCCGCAGACCCACUUAUGAUGAUAUCAAAGAGAUGAAGUAUCUCAGGGCUGUCCUCAAUGAAACACUACGCCUUUUUCCUGCUGUCCCCUUUGAUAUAAGGGAAAAUAUAUGUGACACUACGUGGAUAUCCCCCGAAGAUGGGAAGAAGCCGCUAUUUAUCCCAAAGGGGACCAUGCUCAGCUAUUCAGUGCUCCUUAUGCACCGGAGAACUGAUCUAUGGGGACCAGAUGCAUUGGAGUUCGAUCCGGAUAGAUGGCUCGACGAGCGCGUGAAGAAAUACCUGAUUCCCAAUCCCUUCAUUUUCCUGCCAUUUAACGCGGGACCCAGAAUUUGCUUAGGGCAACAAUUUGCAUACAACGAAAUGUCGUUCAUGGUCAUUCGUUUACUGCAAAACUUUUCUGCGAUUACACUAUCCCCCGAGCCCGCGAUGCGCCCACCUGCGUGGUGGGCUGAAAAAGGUGGUCGGCAGGCUAUCGAGCAAUUCAGGCCGAGAAACCACUUGACACUUUAUUCUAUGGGUGGUAUGUGGGUUAAGAUGGAAGCUGUAGAUGACGGCGAAGUCAUAGACUAA